AAUGGUUUGACAAUAAAAGCUUAACAUAUCUGGCAAUGUUUGCAUUUGCUAGGUCAGGUAUUUCUCACCAGCCUGGGUUCCUCAAGAUGCUACGUCUAAGCUCCUGAGAUCAGUGGGACUACAGUUGAAUGAAGAGGGCCCUUGGGAUGCUGCUGCGGAGACAAGACUGCAUAAUUCUGGCUUAACCCUAAUGCUAAACUAUAGCAUAAAAUAGUAUGAUUGCUAAAAGGAAAUCUAAGGAAUAAAUAGUUUGCAGUUUUAAAACCUUUCAUUGUGCAGCAGUAGUCAGAGGCUCAAUUCACUGCACUAUGUCUCGCUCCAGUUUAAAGGGUUCCCAAGGUCUAAGGGAGAUUGCAACGUGGCUGCUAGUCAGCUCUCUGUUUGCUGUGCAGUUUAUUAGCAUUUAUGGACAAGAGGAAUCUGAAGAAUAUUCAGGUUACAAUGAAUUCCAGGAAGAGAUUUAUUCAGAGGAGAAUAAUUUUGAUGGAGACUCUAGGUACAAUGGCUAUGAGUCUGGAGAUGAUGAUUUAGCUACAGCUACAGAUGUUCCUUCAUAUUCUGGCUACGACCCUGACCCUCAGCUGGUGACCGAGGAGUCAAGACCAUAUCCAUCUCCGACAGAAUCCUUUUUUGCAGCAAGGGAUGUAACUACAAUUACAACAAGGCUUCCAUACCCCAGACCAACCACUCCAAGUGAGAAUCAGGACAUUAUACAGGCUCCAGAUAUUUCCUACAGUGAUGAAGUGACCAAUUUAAUUGAAGAAUUUAAUAUACCCAAGAGUUCAGGUGUGAAGACCAUUUCAGGAUCAAAGUCUCAUAUUACUGCAUAUCAGCUGGGGGGACGAUUGCAAAUUAAGAGACUGGCAAGGUUACUCUUUCCCACUGGAUUGCCACUGGAAUUCUCCCUUGUUUCAACCUUCAGAAUGAGGGAUCGAACGCAGGAUGAAGUAUGGAACCUAUGGGAUAUGCAGGCUAGGAAUGGGGUUGAACAGUUCAGACUACGACUUUAUGGAGAAUUAAAUUCAGUAGAUGUAUAUAAUGUAGCAGCUUCCGGUAGGGAAAAAGUAACUACAUUUAGGAACGUGGAGACUUUGUUUGAUGGGAAAUGGCACAAACUUUCUCUGAGUGUCAGAAGAGAUCAGCUUACAUUGCUUGUGGACUGCCAACAAAUUGGCACCUCUUCAGUCAAUAUAUAUGGCACAGCAAGGGUGGAUGGAUUCAGUACUUUGGGAAGGAGGAUAAAGGAUGAUACCACAGCUAAUAUUGACAUACAACAAUUUGAGUUGUUUGCAGAUGCAGGAAGAUCUGUUGAAGAGACUUGUUGCGAUAUUCCAGGAGUGAAUGAUGAUAGGUGCGCUGAUUUAGGUGAAGCUAUUCUUCCAACUAGUUGCAACUGCUUACCUGGAGAUCCUGGGUUUGAAGGAUUCCCAGGAGCAAAGGGUGAAAAGGGCAAUCAAGGUCCUGAAGGUUAUAUUGGAGUUUAUGGUAGACAAGGUUACAGAGGGGCCAAAGGAGGACAAGGAAGUAGAGGCGAUACUGGUCUCAGGGCAAGUAUGAAAUAAAUAUAUUCUGAGUUAUUUUUGAAAAUGUACUGUAACUUUGUGUGCAAACAUCAUAUAUCCCAAAUAAUAUAAACUAUAAGGGAAAAAAUAUCCAGCCACACAAUGUAGACAAAAGAAUGUGGACAGCCCUUCUAUAAUUGCAUGUUUUCUGUUGGGACAAGCACUGGCAAGAUUCAAAAGCAAUGCCAGCACAAUGGCUUUUUUG